AUGGAUAAGGAUUCAUAUAACAACCAUGACAAUAACAACAACACUUCUAGUUUGAGAGAUGGUGAUAGAGACAAAAACAUAAGAAGAGAUGUGUCUGGUUCCUUGUUAUUGAGAGCAAGCUCGGAUGGAUUAGGACAAUCAACUACAUCAGAUUUAGGGUUGCAAUGGGGGAACAAGAAGCGAUUGAGGUUUAUGAAGGUACAAAAUAAACAAGACUCUUUAAACCCGGUUCAGAGGACAACAGUUCGGGUGGAUCGGAGAGUAGUUAGAACCGAGAAAGAUACUUCAAACCGGUUUGCAACAUCUCUUGCCGAUAAUAGCAUUAUCAAUAAUCAUAAUCAUCAUAAUCAUAAUAAUCAAAAUCAAAGUAACGGGUAUCCUAGCCUCCGUCAACGCGCUCCUUCUCCGCAGCAACCUCUUCCAAGGAUUCUCAGGAACACAGAGAUUUCAGGUGCCAUGAGAGGAACCCAAACCCAAAUCAACGGAAGUGUUAGAGGAAUUGCUUCACCAGAGAGGGGUGCGCACGAUAAUAAAAGAGGGACCCACCUUAAUGACAACAAUAACAAGUCUGCAGGUUCCUCUGAUAACGCUUUGGAUGGCAAGAAAGGUGGGGGGUCGUCUUCCGGGAGUGGUGAUGCGACUCCAGCGGUGUGGCCACCAAAGUUUGUGAUUGCCUUGACCAACAAGGAGAAGGAAGAAGAUUUUAUGGCCAUUAAAGGAUCCAAGCUUCCUCAGAGACCUAAAAAAAGAGCCAAAUUGAUACAACGAACCCUCAAUCUUGUAAGUCCAGGUACAUGGCUUUCAGAUCUCACCUUGGAACGGUAUGAAGUUAGAGAGAAGAAAAUAACCAAAAAGAGACCAAGAGGGUUAAAAGCAAUGGGUAACAUGGACUCCGACUCUGAAUAG